GUGCGGAAGCCCACUCACUCCAGCAGCGCUCCCACUCGCUCGCUCUCUCCGCGACUAUCCAGGCUCAGCCAUUCAUUCACCACAUGUCAGAGACCAUCGCGCUCCUGCGCCGCUCUUCCCGCUGGAAUACUUUUGCUCCUCUUCCCGUCGUGGAUUAGAUUUUGGGGAGACAGCGGAGAUUUUCUUUUUUUUUUUUUAUUUUUUUUUCUGGAAGCGCAGCCGCGAGCGAGGGACACGCGCAUCACGACACUUUCCACUCUCCUGUCCGCGGAACCUCGAUCAUCGCAGUACUUUUUUGGCGCGCUGAUAUCGGAUCAGGUGAAGUUUUGGCGCAGGUGUUGGACGGACUUGACGGUUGUCGGAUGGUUUUCGGGUCCGGGAAGAGGAGUCAGCGCCUCUGUGAGAGUCUCAGAUGAAGAUGAAGUCGGCAGGCGUCGUGGACGGAGGCUUGUUCACGGAGAGCUACUGCAACAUCUGUAACGCUCAGCUCAUCUCCGAGUCCCAGCGCACUGCACAUUACGAGAGCAAGAAACAUGCCAACAAGGUGCGUCUCUUUUAUAUGCUUCACCCUCAAGACGGCGGACCGCCUUCCAAGAGACUGAGGCCAGACAACCCGGACUGUGCGGAGACAGAAGUGGACAGGAACAAGUGCUGCACGCUGUGCAACAUGUUCUUCACAUCUGCCAUUGUGGCCCAGUCUCACUACCAGGGGAAGACCCACGCCAAGAGAGUGCGACUGGUGCUGGGGGAACCUCCAAACCUGUCCACUGGACUCAACAGUCCCACCAACACAGAUUCCUCCCCCCCUACUCUGGUCCUCUCAGAUCCCACAGCGUGCCCCCCUACACCCCCGGCAUUGCCCUGGCCAGCAGCUGUGGUGAGUGGAAACGGAGGGAAAGAAGCUGGGAAAUACUGCUGCCUGUGUGGAGCCUGGUUCAAUAAUCCGCUGAUGGCACAGCAGCACUACGAGGGGAAGAAACACCGCAGGAACGCAGCCAGAGCACGACUGGUGGAGCAGCUCGCGGGCAGUCUAGAUGCCACAGAGAGCACAGGUCUGCGCAGUAGUUACUCCUGCAGCGUCUGCAGUGUGGUCCUCAACUCCAUUGAGCAGUACCACGCACAUCUCCAGGGCUCCAAACACCAGAACAACCUGAAGCAACACCAGCAGUGAGUCGCAGAAGCUCCGGAAGGAGGAAAGUCUGAAGAUCUGAGGAAGAAGAACGUCCCGAAACCUCUACAACAGAUGCUCAUGAGAGGGACGCGUGAAAUCAGGAUGAUGUUUUACACAACACCUGAAGUAAACCGGAUGUUGGAAGCCUGGUGAACUGCAGUCGCAAUAUUGAAGUGAUGUCACUCCACUGCCCAAAACUGGGAGACUACAAUGACACUCAAGUAUUCCACAACACAAACGUUCCGAUGCGGGAAAGAUCUCUCUCCAUGAUGGAGCCUGUCAGACCCCUUAUUUGUGACUCAGGCCCGAACUUACUUUUCAUCAAAACCGACAGGAUAAACAUGGUUAUAUUUUCAGGUUUUAUGACUUGUGUUUCCAGUAAAUGUAGACUGAUUUAGUAACUGAAGCAAGCUUGUGUGGUGAGAAAUGUGCUAAGCAAUGAGCCGCAGCCUUUUUAUAGCUAACAUUAUCCCAUCUGUAAGUCUCCUUCUCCAUCCAUCCAUUGAUCUGUGUGAGGCUUAGAAGAACUCAUAGUAUGAAAAACCGUUACCUAAAAUAUGUCUGCAAAGAGCUGUCUGGGAAAUUAUUGACUGUAUUGUGGAAAAAAUGUUCAAAAUAACAACAAGAAAACCCUAGUAGUAUCAAAUCCAGAAGUAGCUUCAGAUGGGCUGCUGGGGAUGCUGACAGAAUAGUUGUUAUCCACUUCACCCUAAGAAUGUGGCUACACCAGAGAAGGUCUCGGGUUCAACCCCCUUUUACCUCAAAGCACGAUACCAGAAUCAAGCUCCAAUAAUGCUGAGCUGUUCUUCACUGGGAAAAAAGUGUUGAUGAGAUUUUUGGAUUUCUAGUCAUCUGGAGCACAUGGCAGAAAAUGUGGCUGUUAGUCGCCCAUGUUCAUCAAGCUGGCUGUCAAUACAGUGAUGGAAAAAAAGACUUUUGGACACUCCAUGCAGUCUACUAUGAGCUAAAUAUUCAUUAGAUUUAUCUAAUUUUUGGUUCAGUUCUGAACCUAGUCUCUGUUAUUUAUUGACUUGCUACUCAGUGUUGAAAACUGACAUUUUGAAACUGUCAAGAAUUUACUUUUGUCAGUGUAAGCAAUAAACAAAAAAUAUAUUUGUAUUUGCUUGUGUCUGUAUAAUGCGGCCACAUCUUUGAAACUCAAAAAAUAUUUUUUCAUGCUAUGAAACUUUUUUUCCAGCGCUGCAUAAUUUCAGUGGUAUAAAUAAAAUGUUCAACUUCUGACGAAUUCCCAAAACGAUAUUUGACAAGAACAAGGAGAGGGGGACAGUAGUGUGAGGUGAAAUACAUUCUGGAUAAUGUUAUAAUUUAGUCCAAUAUUUAAUCACUGUACAUUAGAUCAAGAUCUUUUAACGGUCAGAAUUACAUGUCUCAGAGAAGCAGGAAUGGGGCAUGAUACGUCUGAGAGAAUGGAAGAGAAAAUAUUCAUAGUAUUAUAGUAUUAUAUACAAAAAUCUAAACCCUGAUGUUUCUGGAUCUUCUUGAGACAGAGAGGUUCUUGACCGCAUCAACGUGGUCACUCAAGUCGCAUGUUCAGAUGCCCCAUAAAUGGGAGCAAAAUCUGUUGUUUAUGAAGCGAAUAGUCAUUAUGAUUUUCCGCAUAACUAUAUCUUGGAGUUUCCCUUAUCGUGCCAUCUGCAGUGUCGUGUCACUACUCCCCCAACUUUAAAAUAAACAUCCCUCCACAAGCUUGCUUCGGUUCUAAUGUCCACUCUUUUUACAGAAUAUAUUCGAUCCAAAACCCAGAAGUAAGUUCAGUUCAGCCUGGGUGAAAAGAAUCAGCACAAGGUUAUUUGUUACAAAAAAUGUACUGAAAAACCAAGAAAAAAAAAGUUUCCUCCAGCACUGAAUAUUGAUGUCAGACGCGAUCCAAAGCGGAGUAAACUCUGAGAAGUUGAAAAGUGCAACAUGUUGACACUCUUAAUGUUGAAGUGAGUAAAACACUCCGAACAUGUAGCAGCAGCUUGUGUGCAAUACCACUGGGAUGUAUUUCGAUGCAUGCGAAGUGUAAGAUGUUGCGUGUUUUUUAAAAUCUUUUACACAGUUUUGGCAUCAACACUUUUCUAAAGAUAGUUCUGCAUCAAUUUACAUUUCAGUGCUCGGACUGGCUUCUUUUCACCACUUGGUUCAUUCACUCUACACAGAAGCUGUUUGCUAUAUAGAGAUUAGUUGACACACUCGCUGCAGAUGUUCGUCCGCCAGUGUUUCUCUUUAAAAAUGCAUCACUAUCUUAGGCUUUAUUGUGAUUCAAACUUUGUAGAAUAGGCAUUUGUUCUUUUUUUUUUUUAUAAAGAAAAAGGUGAUCCUUCAACAUCACAGUUGGAUUUUCUUCUGCAGAUAUAAGGUCUUUAUGCAAUCGCACUGUAUUGUGAACCAUAGCGAUGUGGUUUUGAAGUGGUGAAGUUCAACAAUGCAAAAAGUCUCUGUAAAUAAGUAGCAGCUGUCGGUGACAUUUGUGUAUUUGAUAUAAAAAAAAAAAAAGAGAAGUAGAAAGUAUAGAUGGAAUCAGCACUGAGCAGCUCAUGAUAUUUUAUUUUUUCCAGUUUCAAAUGUGAGUACAAAGAAAUGUCUGAGGGAUUUGAGAAUAUAAAGAUGGCGACACAAGGAGGUGAAUUUCUGUCCCAAAAGUCGAGGGGAUUGAUGAGAUCUUCUCCUCAUAAUGAACCCUUUACACGGCCGGAUCAAGUGACUCUCGAGGAGCUGUUCCAUCAGUCAAGCUCUUUGUUAAAACCGAUGUCAUUAGAGAAGUACAAUCACUUGUGCGUCGUGACUGUUUCAACUGCAGCGCCGGUGUUUUCAUGACAACCGUUUGUAUGUUUCGCUUUCACAGCCUGCACAGAAGACAGUGUGAGUCACUGAGUUUGGGAAGAUGUUACGUAACGUGCAACAGAUGUAUUUCUGGGUGAGAACGCUGACUACGUGAGGAUGUGAAACAUCUGUAACGCACCUAAUGAACCACCACCACGGAAAGGAUGGAUGCAGUUGGUUUCCAUUCUCAACUCAUUUCUCUUUUUUUUUUCUUUCUUUUUUUUGGAUGCAUUACACAGAACUCCAAAUCAUAAAUCAAAACUCGGAUUUCUCCUUCGUCACUGUUUAUUAAAGACUUAAUGUGAAACAACCACCUAAAAAAAACUCAAGACAAAAGUCAAUUCUGCAGACUGUCCAGCUCUGAAUCAAUUUUUGAUUGAAAAAUAUCAGUGACAAUUUCAGACACUUACUUUAUGAUGUUAAAAUAAAUCAGAUUAUGUAUUGUUGUUAGUGGAAUCUAGACUUAUGGCAUUACAGUCUUACAUUUCAAUCCAAGGAAGAACUCAUUGUGCAAAAUCUGUAAACAUGAGCAUCUUAUUUUUAACAUGACUAUUAGAAAAAUCUGCCCCAGCUAUAUUCAGAUUUUAAUCACUGUUUGGUCACUUUAAGUCUAACUACACUUUUAUAGUGAAAGAAAGAAAAAAAAGAAGAAGCUAAUUCGGUGUUUCACUGCACUGGUUGUUCAAAUUCCUCCAUGUUCUUCAUUGACAGGUAAAGGAAACAGAAUCCCUCAUGUACAUCAUAAACAUCUGAGAAUUAUUACAAAAACAACAGGUCACUAUUGUCUAGUCACUGAACAGUAAAUGUAAUCAGUGCUAAAAAUAUGUGACUUGCUACUCAAAUAAAAACGCGAAAAUAUAAUCUUGUGAGAGAAACACAGCUAUGUAAAAAUAUCAUCUUCCAUAAUUCUGGAAGUCUUACAGCAAAUUGAAUACAACUCUGAAGCAAGGGAUUUAGUCUCAAACCAACAUGAAGUGCAACAAAAAAAAAAGAAACAAGGAUUAAGUUCUUAAAUCUUGAGCACUCUAACUUUGUUUAAUCUUUCCUCACUCUUAAUCCUUUCAUCCUUUCUCACCUAUUUUCAUAAACCACACAAAUGACCAUCCACCUCAGCCACAGACACUGUGUAGUUUUAUACACAGCCUUAGCGGGUCUUGUGCGUAAAAUGUGAUAUGAAAUGUGACAAAAGUAUAUUUGGUUUUUUUUAAAAGAUGUGGGUUGACGGAGACUAAAUAAAGCUGUGGUGAAUAUAUGAGUAUUUUGAGAAGUAAAUAAAGUUUAUUCAGA